AUGGACAGUCCGCGGACACUGGCGGCUAUGAAGCUGCACAGGUCGAUCUCACCAGAUCGCUGGUGUGUGACCUAUGAGGACCUGUGCUACCUUCGAGACCAGGUGAAGCAAGCCAUCCAACGCGGAACCAUCACGGAGCACGAGGGGAGGGCGGGUGAGCUUGGCCCAAGCAUAUAUGUCGUGAAUGACCAGUACAUCAAGCCUGUGACCUAUGCGGCUGGAAAGAUGAGCUGGUCGCUCAUGAGGAAUGGAAAGGGUCUGGAGUGCCACAUCUUCAUCAGCCACGCGUGGAUCGAAGGUGUUUUCGAGUUCAUUGUGAAGGUUCUGUUUUCGUGGCCACAGGGUGCAAAGAGUGCGUGGAUGUGCACUUUAGCCAUACCCCAGAACCUUGACAUCGGGGAUCUGAUCAAGGUUCCAAGAGAAUCACCUUUCGCCCUGGCCUUGAAUGUCGCUUCGCAUGUUCUCGUCGUGCCCAACCACUACAAAAGCAUCUACACCAGGCUGUGGUGCUCUUAUGAAGCCUACCUUGCGCAUGAGUGCGGGAAGGUCAUUGUCAUUGCUCGAGCAUCCCAGUGGCCACAGACCAGGCGCAGCCUCAUGAUCAUCAGCCUGGCGAUACCUCCUGGUGUGAUUCUGGGCAUCGUCGCAAGGAUGUCCAUUCCUGGAGCUCUGAACAACUUCGGACCGGCGGUGGCGAUAGUUGCUGGUGCCUGCACCUUGCUGUGGCCAUGGCCAGCAAGUCGCGGCCGAUUGGCAACAAAUUUUGUUGCUGUCCUGGCGCUUUCCUGCAUGACUGUGGCCUGGGAAAACAGGGUUUACUACUGGCAGGAGGACAUACCAAUAGUGUUCCUGAGCAUCGUCCAGCGCCUGCUCUUUGUCUUUAACGUGGUCUUCUUUUACGUGACGGAAGUGGAUCGCGUCAGAAGCAUACAGAAGAAGAAUGAGGCAGAACAGCUCAGCCGGGGUUUCCAGUCCUCCAUCACCCACUCUGAAGUCUCUCACAAACCUGAUGGAGACAUGAUUUGGGAAGACAUUGGAAACAAGGUGGAAGAUGUGGACCAUGCUAUUGAAGUGCUUAUGGUAGCAGGCGCAUCGACCCCUUCAUUGAGGCAUGCUUCGCUCCUGGGCGUAGACAUUACGGGCGCGGGCCACGUGGAGUUUGGACUUCCUUCUGUCAACCUCGGACCUUUCGUGCUCCUGGCCAUUGGUGACUUUCUGCUUGCUGCUCUCUAUGCCGAAGGGCAAAAUGUCUACCUCGCGAUCAUGACGGUGUCCAUUCUCUCCCGGUUUGCUUUGGCAGUAGUCCUGUUCAGGACAAAGGACCUGGACGCUAGGUGCUUCCUGCUGAAAGUCGUCUCCAAAUGGGGGUUUCUGAACCUGAUGUUGGCUUUGGUCAUAUUUAUACUUAUGUUCUUGCUGCCAGAAGUCGGCCUGUUGCCAUUGACUUUAUGGCACGGUGUGAAUCACACUUCCUACUUCUGGAUGCUGGUCCUGUCGCUGCUCGGCAUCCGUGGUGUGGCCGCCUUGCCUUGUGGUCGUAUCCUCCUCCGCAUUUUUCUCCCCUGGGGCUGCCCACGCUUCCGGCGACCGCGACCUCGUUCAGCAAAGUCCGAGCACGUGGAGGAGUCGAUGGUCAUGAAAGACUUGCCUCUGAAGCCUGAGUCCGUGUCCGCGGAAUCCGCGGACUUGGAGAACGCCUGCGACGAUGAUGACGUCGUGGAGCUCUAA